GGGCCACGCAGGCGCGCCUGGCGGCCCGGCUCUGGAGCAUAAACAAGAGCGGGGUCGGGAUGAGGCGGCUGUUGAUGUCCGCGCGGCGAGUGGCGGCGAGCGGGGCUCGGCGCCGACCCUGAGCUCACCCCGACCUGCCCUCCCGCGCGCGAGCUCCGGGCCGGGCCCACCCGCCGCGCGCCCACCAUGAACCUGGCGAGUCAGAGUGGCGAGGCUGGCGCCAGCCAGCUACUCUUCGCCAACUUCAACCAAGACGUCACAAUUGGGAAAAAGGCAUCAAGAAAAGCUGGUCCCCGUCGUCGUCUUCUUGGCUGGUCUCUAGCUGUUGGUAGUAAAUCCGGUUAUAAAUUUUUCUCCCUUUCUUCUGUGGAUAAACUGGAACAGAUCUAUGAAUGCACUGACACUGAAGAUGUGUGCAUCGUGGAAAGAUUGUUCUCAAGCAGCUUAGUGGCCAUCGUUAGCCUCAAAGCCCCCAGGAAGCUGAAGGUUUGCCACUUUAAGAAGGGGACCGAGAUCUGCAACUACAGCUACUCCAACACCAUCCUGGCUGUGAAGCUGAACAGGCAGAGGCUGAUCGUGUGCCUGGAGGAGUCUCUGUACAUACACAACAUCCGGGACAUGAAGGUGCUGCACACCAUCCGGGAGACGCCCCCGAACCCCGCAGGCCUGUGUGCGCUGUCGAUCAACAACGACAACUGUUACCUGGCGUAUCCAGGCAGCGCGACCAUCGGGGAGGUGCAGGUCUUCGACACCAUCAACCUGAGAGCUGCAAACAUGAUCCCGGCUCACGACAGCCCUUUAGCCGCACUGGCCUUCGACGCCAGCGGAACCAAGCUCGCCACUGCUUCCGAGAAGGGGACCGUGAUUAGGGUAUUUUCCAUUCCAGAAGGACAAAAACUCUUCGAGUUCCGGAGAGGAGUGAAGAGGUGUGUGAGCAUCUGCUCCCUGGCCUUCAGCACGGACGGCGUGUUUCUGUCCACCUCCAGCAACACGGAGACUGUGCACAUCUUCAAGCUCGAGACUGUGAAAGAAAAGCCUCAGGAGGAGCCCACCACCUGGACCGGCUACUUCGGGAAGGUGCUCAUGGCGUCCACCAGCUACUUGCCCUCCCAAGUGACAGAAAUGUUCAACCAGGGCAGAGCCUUUGCCACAGUCCGCCUGCCUUUCUGUGGCCACAAGAACAUCUGUGCGCUGGCCACAAUCCAGAAGAUUCCCCGAUUGCUGGUGGGAGCCUCGGAUGGGUACUUAUACAUGUACAACCUGGACCCCCAGGAGGGAGGAGAGUGCACCUUGAUGAAGCAGCACAAGUUGGACGGCAGCAUGGAGACGACCAACGAGAUCCUAGACUCCACGUCCCACGACUGCCCCUUGGUGACGCAGACGUACAGCACGGCCGUGGCCAAGGGUCCUCACGUGCCUUCGUCCCCAACGGCACUGGCCUACGCAGACGAGCUGGGCGCGGUGGGCGGCGCAGGCCUGGAGGACGAGGCCCGCGCCCUGCGGCUGGAGGACGACAGCGAGCAGCCUCCCAUGAUCCUCCGGACAGACUGACCGUGACCUGUGAGAACGCUGGCUGACAGAGGACUUUGCGUCAUGCUGCUAUGAACUUUGACCUGAUUUGGGGGAGAGAAUGGCAGAGACUUCAAGAGGAAAAAAAGAUUGUAGCUGUAGUCUCGCUCCAUACUGUCGAGAAAUACAUUGGUUUCACUUCAGUGGCUUUUAAUCCUGCUUAUGAAUUUCAGCUUUUUGUUGGUUUUCUCAUUUUGCCAAAAUUAACUGUUUGGUGAAGCCCUUGAAACCGCCUUGCUUUGCAUGUAUUAAUGUGCCGAUCCAGCCUGGGAGAGCCACUUCCUAACCACCUGCAGGCGUUUGGGUUUUCAAUCUGUACAGACUGAGGAGCGGCCCCGAGAAGGCAGCAGCGACCGGAGCGGGUCCGGCGGGGCCGGGUGGCGACCUGGAGGGGGUCCCCUCUCCCUAGAGCCCCUCCGGGACCGUUUUCCCCGUUUUAUUUUGUUAAUUAAAUUCUUUCCAAAUUGGA